AAUAGUUUGAAUAGUUUUGUGUCUGUUUCAGCGCAUAUGAGAUGUUGGAUGUGCCCUGAAGAGCCUUCACUGUGAUUCUUCUUCAGUUUCAUCCUCAGAUUUCUACCUGAACAGGCGAAUCUGACCAAAGUUCAUGAUCUCAUGCUAGAGGAGACCCGAGAUCUAAAAAGCAGAAGGAUUCUCCAUUUUCUCUCCGUUCGAUCUCAAUUCUUUCCUUGAAAUUAAAUCUCUUUCGUAUGGGAUCGUCUCACGUCCCGGCACCGGACACGUUUCACUUGGAGAAGAUGAGUGAAAGUUCUCUGAUGGAGUUUGAGUUACAGUCUCUGUCUCCGGUCUCAGCGGGACUCCUGCCGGACCCUGACACGGAGCAGAACACGGCCAUGUGUUUCGUGGGACUCCUUCUGGUGUUUUUGGUCUUUUUGCUGGUUCGCUGUUUCCGGAUUCUUCUGGACCCUUACAGCAGCAUGCCGUCCUCAUCCUGGUCUGAUCAUAAAGAUGGUUUGGAGAGAGGACAGUUCGAUCACGCGCUGGUGUAGAUGAAUGGAAGAUUCUAACCAAUCAGAGCUUUGAUUUUAACGAUUUGUUCAAAAACUACACAGCAACAUUCUUUUAACCGAAAUAUAACAGUACAUUCAGAUGCAAACUAUGUCAACAGCAAGACAACUUGUCAGAUUUUGGCAUGAGGUAUA